AUGGUUUAUUGGGGGGGUGGAGGUGUUAGGAGUGUUUUGGGGGUUGGGGUUUUGUUUUUGGUAUUGUUUAUUGGGGAGGGGAUGGGAUGGGGUUUUGGGGGGGGGGGGUUUGUGGGUGGUUAUUAUGUUUGUUUGUUGGGGGUUGUGGGUUGUGGGGUGUGUUGUUGUUGGAUAUGGUGGGUUUUUUUUGUUUUUGGUGUUGGUUUUUUUUUGUAUUUGGGGUUGGUGGGUAGUGGGUGGGUUGGGGGGUUUAGGUGGUGUUGGGUUGGGGGGUGUGGGGUGGUGGAGGUUGAGGUGUUGGGUGGGGUAGGGUUUUGGGUUGUGUUGGGGUUUGGUUGGUUUUUUUGUGGGGUGAUGGGGUUUUUGGGUGGGGUGUGGGGUGUUGUGGGGGGGGGGGUGUUUUAG